GGGCAAGGAUUGGAAUGAACCAUCAAAAUCAUGCAAAGUAGAAACCCAACCCUUUUUGGACACAAAGUAUCCAGGAGGGACACCACAAGAAGCAAUUGUGGUGAACAAAGUAAUGAAAAAAGUUAAAAACAAAGCCUAUUUGUUGAACAUAACAACACUUUCACAAUAUAGAAAAGAUGCACAUCCAGGAUUUUAUAGUGAUACACAUGGAUCAGAUUGUAGUCAUUGGUGUCUUCCUGGUUUGCCUGAUACUUGGAACCUUCUUCUUUAUACAUCUCUCAUAAGUUAGAAAUCGCGGCGACCAACGAUUUUGAAAGUGUUGUCACGAAAAGAAAGAUGAACUAAAAGUGCUACAUAAUAAUCUUGUCACUAAAGUUUGUGUAAAAUGUUACUUCCCAUAUUGAAAUUUCUCUUCAAGUCGUCACACAAAGUUUCAUUUCUCGUAGUGUAUGUGACAUUAUUUUAUUUAAUUAGGAGAAAAGUAAGUGUUAUGUUGAUUAGGUAUUUCAUUGAGUGAGAAAAUAAGAAGGUUGAUAUUUGAAUUGUAAAGUGUGUAUAACAUCUUUAAGGCAUGAAAGGAUGCCUUAGUUCAUGUUGUAAGAUAAAUUAGCAAUCUAAUAUUUUCUCAAAUAAAAAAAAUAUAAAGUUAUUUCGAUCAGUAUCUCAUUAUUUUUCAUGAACAUUUAAUUUGCCUCAACUAAUUUUUCUUGCUUAUAAUAGGUUGAUUUACAACGCAGCGGUGAAAAUAAGAAUUUUUGUGAACGCUCCAAAAAUAUCGUCACAAAAAAUAAUAGUUCUAGUGAUGAUCUUUAAAGUCGCCAUGGAAAUUAACAUAUCAUAUGCCUUUAGGUGUUCGAUGAAUAAAUUUCAACAACACAAUUAUUUUUAGCGCUCUUUCUAUCGAUAAAAAUAAAAUUAUAUAAUGUUUCUAUAGCGAUAAAAUCGUCACGAAAAGUCUCAUUUUGUAUGGGAGUGACAAUUGCUUAUUGCUAUGAUGAUAGAUUUUUCUACGUCAUGGAGAUGUAUUAUUAGAAAAUUUAAUAUUUAUUUAUUCACAUUUUAAAAAAGUUCAAGCAAUCUAUCAAAGAACAAAAAAGACAAAAAGUUUCUUGAAAUAUUGGCAAAUUCAAUAGAGUGAUAAUUUGAUCUCUCAAAAAACACAGAAGAUAAAACAUACAGCAUGUAAUAAUAACAAUAUAUCGAGUGAAAUUUCAUAAAUGAGAGGUGAGAAAGAUAGAAUGUAUAUAAAGUUUAUCAGUAUCUCAUGCUCGUAAAGGUAAAAAGACAGUUUCUAAAUUAUUCUCAACUUAAAUACAAUAAAUUCAGAUAUAACUUUUUUUAAAAAAAUUCUAUAGAAUUGCGAUCCGGCUGGUUAUGUUGUAUGAAGCGGAGUGUUGGUCAGUUAAGAGUUCUCAUAUCCAAAAGUUGAAGGUGGCGGAAAUGAGGAUGUUGCGAUGGAUGUGUGGUCUUACAAGGACGGACAAGGUUAGAAAUGAGAUUAUUCGGGAGAAGGCGAGAGUGGUAUCGGUGGAGGAUAAAAUGCGGAAAGUGAGGUUGAGAUGGUUUGGUCAUGUGAUGAGGAGGGGCACGGAUGCCCCAGUUCGUAGAUGUGAGAGGCUGGCGUUAGAUGGUUUCAAACGAGGAAGGGGUAGACCGGAAAAAUACUGGAGAGAAGUGAUUAGACGUGACAUGGAGCAGUUACAGCUCACUGAAGACAUGACCCUGGAUAGAAAGGUUUGGAGGAAGAACACUAGGAUAGAGGGAUAAGGUGGGUGUUUGAAUCGUAGUCAAUAGUUGGGUUUUGUUUGGUAAUGUACUUUAUUUUUGUGAUUGUCGUAUCUAUAUUAGUUUUAUCACGUUUCUUGCUUAGGAAGUUCUGGUUUAUUGUCCUGUGUCUUGAGCCGGGGAUCUCUUAGAAACAAUCUCUCUACUUCUUUAGAGGUAGUGGUAUGAAUUGCGUACAUUCUACCCUUCCAAAAUCUCACUAGGUGGGAAUAUACUGAGUUUGUUGUUGUUGUAUAACAACUAACAGAUAAAUGACAGAAUCUAACCAAAAUUUUAAAAUAAUAUAAUAAUUAAAAUAUAAUAAAUAAUAAAAAUAAUAGUAAUAAAUAUCACAAACAACGACUACCAAACCCUUCUAAAUAAAACUCACGCACCAAAGCCCAAAGCAAAAGUAAAGAUAACAGUUUCUGAUAGGCAAAUUAACUGAGUGACACGUUUGUAAGGUAAUGGCUGACUAAUGUAGUUUCUCUAAACUCACCAUAUUCCACCACGUGGCAUUACAUAAAACUCAACACUCAUCACCAAUUGAACCACUUGUCAAAAACCUACACCCUCUCUACGUCUCUUUAUAUAGCCCCCCUCACUAUGUGUCACCCUCUCAUCAGUCACAUUUCACCCACACACACACUAAGCUAAAACAAACAAACAAACAAAACAAGUUGAUCAAAAGUUUGGUACUUUUGUUGUUGCUACAACCAAUGGCUUCAGAACAAGCAAGAAGAAAAGAUCAGAACAUUAUUGAUGAACAACAUGAAGUACAUAUCAAGAAAACAAGUGACCCCAAAAGGGGUGGCACCACUGCUGCUGUCAAAGUACAAGUUGGUAUUGGUCCUGGUGCAGUUCAUGUCACAAAUGUUGAUGAUAAACAUUCAUAUGGUCAUCAGCAGCAGCAGCAAAAGAAACAACAACAUGGUAUUGAAGAGAGGCCAGGGGGUGUCAAGUUUGAAGUGCAUAGCCAGAGACAACAUGGUUCAGAUGAUACAAAGCACAAAAGCACAAUGGAGAAGUCUACAGAAGGGGCAUUGGGUUCGGCAGGUUAGAGGCGGAUUCAAGAUUUAAAUUUGUCUAAUAGGCAUUAUAAAUAGUCUUGUGGUUGUCUUUGUUUUCUGUAUUAGCUAGCGGUGUGUUAUCCCAUUUUGUGUGUGGUUGUAAUACUGUUAUCUGUUCUGAACUGGGGUUUAUCGGAAAUAGCCUUUUUACUUCAUUUGAAGCAGUGGUAUAAUCUGCAUACACGUUACACUUCUCAGACUUCAUUAUGCGGGAAUAUAUUGGGUAUGUUGUUGUUGUAGGCUAAUAUAAAUACUCUAUUUGCAUUGUUAGAUUCUUGUACUUGUAUCAUUUUUGACAUCCAACCCCUAUUUCAUAGGUUCUUAUUUAGAUAUAUAUAUAUACAAAUCUUAGCCAUCUAAGUAAAUGUGACACUCUACUUUUUAUACUUACUAAAUUCCAGAUCUAUGUUCAAAACUUAAUGUGUGUAGUACUACUCUUGAAUCUGUGUCUGGUGCAGGUGCUUAUACAACAGCAAAAGGCGGACAAGCCAAAGACAGUAUGACACAUGGUGUUCAAAGUGGAUAUGACUAUGUUGCUGAUAAGGCUGGAGGUGCAAAAAACACAGCCCUCCAGAAAGGUCAGCAAACAUAUGAUACAACUAAAGAUAUCCUUUCAAGCACAGGACAAAAUGUAGGUCAAUCGGCUCAACAGGCUAAAGAUUAUGCGAAAAACACAGCACUUGACAAGGGUCAUCAAGGUUAUACUGCUACUACAGACACCCUUUCAAGUGCUAGACAAAGUGCAGCUCAAUCAGCAAAGAAGGCUAAAGAUUAUGCCAAGGACACAACACUUGACAAGGGUCAACAAGCUUAUGCUGCAACUACAGACGCCCUUUCAGGUGCUGGACAAACUGUAGCUCAGUCAGCGAAGAAGGCUAAAGAUUAUGCCAAGGACACUACACUUGAGAAGGGUCAACAAGCUUAUGCUGCAACUACUGAUACCCUUUCGAGUGCUGGACAAACUGCAGCUCAGUCAGCAAAGAAGGCUAAAGACAGAGCUACUGAUACCCUUACAAGUGCUGGACAAAGUGCAGCUCAAUCAGCAAAGAAGGCAAAAGAUUAUGCUAAGGACACAAUACUUGAGAAGGGUCAGCAAGCUUAUGCAGCUACUACAGACACCCUUUCAGGGGCUGGACAAACUGUAGCUCAAUCAGCAAAGAAAGCUAAAGAUUAUGCCAUGGAGACUAAAGAAUCGGCUUUCGAGAAGGGUCAGCAAGCUUAUGGUGCUACUGCAGACACCCUUUCAAGUGCUGGACAAACUGCAGCUCAAUCAGCAAAGAGUGCUAAAGACACAGCUUUGGAGAAGGGUCAGCGAGCUUAUGCAGCUACUACUGAUACCCUUUCGAGUGCUGGAGAAACUACAGUUCAGUCAACAAAGAAUGCAGCAGGUUAUGUGGGGCAGAAAGCAGCAGAAGCGAAAGAUGUCACUUUAGAAACGGGCAAAGGGGCAUUAGGAUAUGCAGGAGAAGUGGCCGCGACUGCGAAGGACAAAGCUGCAGUGGCUGGUUGGGGAGCUGCACAUUAUACAGUAGAGAAAACUGCAGAGGCCACAAAAGCUGUAGUUGGUGUUGCUUCUAAUGUUGCAGGGUAUACCGGGGAAAAGGCGGUCGCCGCCAAGGAUGCAGUUGCUGGCGCUGGAAUGAACGUCGUCGGGUAUGCAGAGAACAAGUUGGCUAAUGCAAAGGACUAUGUGGUUUCAACUGAAGAAAGUGCAGCAGAGUAUGCAGCUAGGAAGAAAGCUGAAGCUGAGAGGGAAUUAGAAGCUAAGAGAUCAUAUGACUUCAAGGAAGAAUCUGGAGGCGGAUUUAUUACCGAGAAAAAGAAGGAAACAAAACGGGAAGAAGACGAAGGAAUUGACAUUUUUCAAGAUUUCGAAUCAGUAGCAGAAGAGGAAGAGGGAAACAAACCGCAGCAACAGAAGCAAGGAGGAGGACUGUUGAAAGCCAUUGGUGAAACUAUAGUGGAAAUAGGCAAGACAGCCACAGAUCUUAUAGCUGGACGUGGACAUGGACAUGUAGAAUCAGGUGGCAUGGUGAAGAAAGAAGAUCAGUCACAAUAGAACUUUGAGCAGUUUUAGCAAAUCUUACUUGUUUUUUGCUCUUUUUCCACGUGUACAUGGGAUGCUUUGUGCACCGGGAUGUGUUUUUUUUUUUGCUUUAUUCCAAGGUCAGUUUUUAGGGGGCCUAAUAUUUAAGGGCCCUGAAACUUGUUUUUGUGAUUGCUCCACUUUUUUUCUUUUAGGAGUGAUGUUUAGCUAGAGUAUGAACCCUCUUUUGUAGUCCUGUAAUAUGCCUAGCAGAGGACACAUUCUUCUGCCAGCAAAGACAGAUCAAUAGGUAUCCUUUUUUUGUUUUU